ACUCAAUACAAGGUCAGAUAGAAGUUGGGAAGAAUAACCUGACCAGAGCUUAACACCCCACAGUACAGACCAGGUAUCUGCUAGACUGCGCCUUCAGUUUCUGCCAAAUGGGUCGGCUCCGGCCGAGAGAAUCUCCAUCUUUCAACAAAUCCGAGAUUCAAUACAUGCAAAAGCUAUUAAAGGAUGUUCGAAAAGAAUCACUAAAUCAGGAGUUCUGUGAAAAGGUCGCUAGGAAAUUCAGUCGUGAAGCCGGGCGUGCUGGAAAACCUGCCAUACAGUGGGAGCAGGUACAAGAUUGGUUCCAAAACAAGUGCCAAGCUAGCCCAGAUAAAGUUAUUAACAAUCCUCUUACUACCUCAAAACAAGAGGUUACUCCUCUCAGCGACAAGUCAUUAAGCAGUAAACUUGAAGAUUUUUCUGACAACUCUAAAGGUGGAAAGCUUCUAGACAUGUCAGAUGUGCAGUUUGAGGCUAAAUCAGCGAAAGAUGAAGCUUGGUACGAUGUCUCCCUGUUUCUCACACACCGAAUUGUUGGUUCAGGCGAACCUGAAGUACGAGUACGCUUUGCUGGAUUUGGUGCUGAGGAGGAUGAAUGGGUGAGUGUAAAGAAGGCAGUCCGUGAGCGUUCAAUCCCCAUUGAGCCUUCCGAAUGUGAAACAGUUGAGGUUGGAGAUCUUGUCCUUUGCUUCCAGGAGAGUGAAGACCAGGCAAUCUACUUUGAUGCCCAUAUUCUGGAAAUCCACAGGAGAUUACAUGACAUUAGGGGAUGCAGGUGUGACUUCUUGGUCCGUUAUGAUCAUGACAACAGCGAGGAAAACGUUCGGCUGAGGAGAUUAUGUCGUCGGCCACAAUGUUAGCCAUCAACUUGUGCUCAGCAUAGGACUUCCCUAUCUGUCGGUUUAAUUUUGUAUCAUCCUACACAGUAUAUAAGUAGAGACUGGAACUGAAAAUCUAUAUCAUCAUUUCGCGUCGCGCCUUGUAAUGCGCAAUUUUGGUACUGUAUUACGGUGAAAAGAGCCAACUACUACUACAUCUUAGUCAAGCUUUUGGAUUUUUUUUUGUUCUGUAAUCUUGCCAAAAGCUCCACUCGUCUUUCCAAAAGCUUCUACUAGAACUUUAAUAGUGGGCUUGUUUCUUGUCAGUUUGUAAAUUCUAAGAACUCAUUUUCUUGCAAUUUAGCUUCUACUAGAACUUUAAUAGUGGGCUUGUUUCUUGUCAGUUUGUAAA